UAAUGAAAAGGAAAAGGGGAAAAAAGCAAAAUAAUCGAAGUAGGUGUGGCGGGGUAAAAACCGCUGCCUAUCUGGUAGACGAUGGAGACGGUGGGAUCAGAAGGUGAGUUGAACAGUUAGGGUAUAGAUUAAAAAUCCCCACCAUCAACCAAAGGCAAGUGGAGUGUAGCAGCGGGUGUUGUAGGAGUAGUAGGAGUAGGUAGUGGUGGUGGUAGUGGUGGUAUUGGUAGUGGUAGUAGUAAUAAUAGGCAAUCGUGGGAAUGUGUAAGGCAAAACUACUAACUGUGUGGGCGAACGCGCGAAAAGAAAACAAAGGAAUGGCAAGGACUGUAAAAGGAUUGCAGGCCCGUGAAAAGAGGGAGGAGAGGAGAAGAAGAGGAGGAGGAAGGAGAAAAAGAGGAGGAAGAGAGGGAAUAAUGCAAAUGGAGAAGGAGAAAGAGGAGGAAGAGGAGGAGGAGGAGGGGGGCAAAACAGACAGAUGGAGGCUGCCUGCAGUUCAGUCAGUAUACAGUAUGGUCCACCGGGAACGGGGCUUUAGUAUGGGUGAGUAUAUGUAUCAAUGCACGGGAUUCUAUACAGCCGUCCAACAAGCCACCCACAAAAGACAAGAGUCCGCUCCGAAACAGCAAUGUCCACAAACACUCAAAUUCUAAAAGGUAGCGUCUGGAUUCGUAGAGAGCCAAAAAAGGCUCAUUGACUUGAGAACGUUAAACAAGCCAAACGAGACAGGUGCUAGCUGACUGUUG